AUGGGUCAGAUUCCAUCAAAAAAUCAUUCAAAACUUAUUCAAAAACUCAAAGACACCUCCAAUAGUCACACUGACUGGUCAAAUAUUUCAGAAAUUGGAGACGGUGCAUUUGGGAAACUAUAUUUGGAAUUCUGUAAAUUUGGAUCAUUUGACCUCAUAAUUGAGGAAUUGGCCAAAUCGGGAGACGAGUUAUCUGAAAUUCAGAUUAAAGCGGUGAUGAGAUCUGUUUUGUACGGACUUUCAUAUCUUCACAAGCAGAGGAUUAUUCACAGAGAUAUAAAGUCAAGCAACAUCAUGUUAAAUGAGUCAGCCAUUAUCAAGAUUGCUGAUUUUGGAGUGGCUGUACUGAUGAAUACCGAAGAAAUUGGCCGAAAUAGUUUUAUAGGAACCCCCUAUUGGAUGGCUCCGGAAGUUAUUUCAUGUGAAACCGAUAGCAACUUGCGCUACAACACAAGUGCUGAUAUUUGGUCCUUAGGAAUUACUGGGAUUGAAUUGGCUCAAGGCAAACCGCCUCAUGAUGAAGUAGUCCCACUGCGAGUUGGACUUGUUAUUAUUCAUUCGGAGCCUCCUUCGUUUGAGAAUACUAAUAACUGGUCAAAUUCGUUUCAUACUUUUAUAACCAAAGAUUUUAAUGAAAAGGCAAUGCAGUCAUUGGUUUGUUUUCUUUCUGGAGAAUUGGUGGUGGAAGAAAUUAUCGAAGACGAAAAAUCGGUUUCAAACGAUCAAGAAAUUUUGGACUCGAUUCCAAUUAAUACAAAUUCAGAAAAUUCAAUAAGAACGUCUCAACAAGUUCUGCAAGAUAAUUCUCCAAGAAAAAUAACAAAAUCUAAAACUUUUAUGCAUCAAAGUACUUAUAUUGACGAAGAUGGAAAUUUUGUUAUAAAAGAAACGAAAAGAACGUGCAGAGACGACCCCAAGACUGAAACUAACGAAAUAACGAGAAGAAACUUAACAGUUCUUGGAAAAAAUCUCAAAAAGAAAAAUCUUCUCCAAUACCGCAAGUGGCAAGACAGAAAUAGGAAAAUUCUGAAGUUCGUUAAAAUCGAAACUACAAAGUCCUACGACCAGCUAAUAGCAACUCAUUCUGAAAUGGUCAACAAGAUUUAUCAUAAAGUGAUUGGUGAUCUUCAAAAAAUUUCUAAAAAACGGACUUCAGCAGUGUAUUCAGCGUGUGUGGACGCCUGCAACGCCUACAAACUAUUUAUAAGAAAAAUGGAUGCUCAGGAGAGCGAUGAUGUGAAGUUUUAUCGAAAAACACUAAAACAAGAAUACAAACGUCAGGCGAAGGUGAGUGACCGAUUAACCAUGUCAUCAUGCGAAAAAAAUAUGAUAAUUAAAGUAUCAAUUAAUUCGAUUUCUUUUAAGGAAAUGGACUUUGUUACGGAAAUCAAAAACAAGAACACAGAACGAAAUUUACAGUUUUAUGUUAACCGCAUGACCACCAUUUUCGAUAUUGAUUUAAAGGCAUAUUCUGAAAAAAUGGAUUUAAUUUUAGACUGUGAGAAAAAUUUAUAUGAAAUUAAAAGAAACCAUCAACUAGAAAUGGAAAAAUUACUUUUAGAGGCACUUAAUAGAGUGUAUGACAUACGAGCUCGAGAACAAGAUGAGAGAUUUCAAAUGGUUCUGAUUAGUUUAAAUAUUUUUAGAAUUUUUCUCUUUUGGUUAAAGAAGAACGUGAUAGUUUUUAUAAAUUAGACACAGAAUACCAACCUGUA